CUUGCAUGCUCCUACAUAAGACUUUGUAGUAUCACAUUGUUUUUCAUUACAAGGGGAAAUAAAAAUCAGAACAAUAUACCACCAUCAACAAACAACAAUAAAUAAACAAAUAAAAUGGCAAGAUCAUUUGCUAUCGUUGCUCUCAUUGUCUCAGCUUUUUGCUUCUCAUAUGUCUUGGCUGCACCAAAAGUUGCACCAAAGGCUGCAACAGAUAAAGUUAAUUUUUUCGUUGUUUAUGGCCAGAUCUACUGUGAUCCUUGCGGCUUCGACAUGCAGACAAGGAUUAGCAAACCCCUAGGAGGUGUUAAAGUGACUUUCGAGUGCACAAAGGGUGAGAAAAAUGUGACAUUGGUGAAGGAGACUACCACCCACGAAAAUGGUAUCUACAACUUUCAAAUUGAAGGUGCUCACGAGGAAGAGGUUUGCAAGGUGAAAGUAAAUGGAAAGGGUCCAUGUACAUAUAACAUAGACAAGGAAUACGAAAUGACUGUCCCCACCAAGAACCUGGGUGUAACUACCUCUUCUUUGCAACGUUUUGUUAAUCCCAUUCAAUUCAGUCCCGAUGCCAAUAGAAUUAAUUCUGAUCAUUGUGGAAAGCUUGGCACUGAGUUGGGCUUGGACAAGAUUGAUGUACCGGAAGAUGAAGAUUGAUUAAACAAUCAUUCAACUUAUUUAUUAAUCCUAAACCAAAAAUAAAAUAAAAGCCAUUUAAUGUUGCGAAAAUUCUAUUGGCACAAUUGACCUGGAUCUGUUUAAAUUAUUAUUUCUCUGCAAAAAUGUGUUGUUGGUUAUUAUGUGUAACUAUACAAACUCAUGUUCAUUGAAUAUUGAAUGAGAAUUUGGAGAGAUUUGGUAUUUUA